CAUGUAUUUGACCGUAUUGGAUUUGAAAUAGUUGUGCAAUACCUUUUGUUAUAUAUACGACCAUACACAUUUUACAUAAACAACGAAUUUAUAUUUCUUCAGUCUAAACACUUGAAGAAAAUUGCACCUAAAACAGGACAUUUAUAAAACAAAAAUCAGAAUGUUAUCCUUCCAAAAUACCAAAGAGUUAGAAGAAUAUGGAUACACUGUGGUACCAGGUGUUAUUCCACCUGAAGAAUGUGAUAAAUAUAUAGAACAAUAUAAUCAAUGGCUCACAAUGUUCAACGGGAAAUGGCCAACUUCAAACAAGGGUCUCAUUAGAGGAUAUAAUACAGGUCAUUUAGAGACGACAUGGAAUAUCCGUUUCAAGGCGAAAGCUGUAUUCUCGCAGCUAUGGAAAACGGAGAAAUUGAUGACUAGUUUCGAUUCUAUCGCUAUUGGUCGACCACCUGAGGAAGGGGAGGAGCCAUUUGAUGACGGGAGCACUCAUUGGCUUCAUCUAGACCAAGAGGCGUGUCGCGAGGGUCUACAUGCCUACCAAGGCGGAGUUUAUUUGGAGGAAGCUUGUGAAGACGAUUGGACGCUACAGGUUAUGGCCAAAUCUCAUAAAGUGUUUAAAAAAUUCUUUGAAGAAAACGAAAUGGCCGCGAAAAAAUCUAAUGAAAAACAGUUUUUUAGGCUGUCUAAAGGUCAAGUCAGGUAUUUUGAACAAAGUGGGUGUAGAAUUAAAAGGGUACCUGUUCCUAAAGGUGGGAUGGUUUUAUGGGACUCACGUUUGGUUCACGCCAAUGCUCAGCCUAAAGAGGGUCGGACAAAUCCUGGGAGAUGGAGAUAUGUUGUAUUUGUAUCAAUGACUCCAGCCAGAUGGGCAUCUUACGCUGAUGUUGCAAUUAAACGAGAGGCAUACGAAAGUGCAAAGAUGACAAACCACUGGUCUUCCGAAGGUGCCAUGUUAAUGACAGAGUCGGCAGCAAGCAAGUCACACCCGAAAAAGCUUGCAAGUGUGGCAAUGACAGAGGAAGGACAGCUUCUUGCAGGAGUCAAACCUUAUGAUUUUAAUGACGGACAAAAAAAUGGACCUCCAAAACCUUUAAUGAAGGUAGCAGUGAAUUGAUCAAUGUACGUUUAUUUCCUUCCGAACUUUGUCCCAUUUGAACAAUAGGUGAAUGAGGACAGUGAAACUAUUUUAUCAACUGAUCGAAUGAACAAUUUGUAUAUAUAAUAGAUGAGUACAUUUAGAAUAAAUCUUUGUCUAAUUUGAUGUUGUUUCUACACGAUGCACGUUGCAUUGUCACUAACUGAAUCCGUUAUAAUUAAACUAUCGCUAUUCCUAUGUUCUUCGUCCGUCGUUUUGGCGAACUGAGAUAGUUCUUGGAAAAAAUAUGUUAGAAUGGAAGUCUACGGGAAUACAGUUGUUGCCAUGGAACCUGUGUUAUAGCUGAAACUUGGCUUUUGUCGGAGAAUAUCGCAGUUAAAGUUAAUUGUCACAAAUAUCUGACAAGUUAAGUAAAAAGACGUUUGCAUACAAAAAUUAGCAUGAAAUUUGAAUAUACAUUGUAUAUAUUUUUAGAUUUUUUAUAAUUACUUGACAGGUGUACCUACAUUUUGUCUUGGGUUUUAUGGCCCAUUUUUAGCUCACCUGGGCACGAAGUGCUCAAAGGUGAGCUUUUGUGAUCGCCCUGUGUCCGUCGUCCGUCGUCGUCCGUCCGUCCGUCCGUCGUCGUCAACAAUUUGACUGUUAACACUAUAGAGGUCACAAUUUUGGCCCAAUCUUAAUGAAACUUGGUCAGAAUGUUACCCUCAAUAAAAUCUUGGAUGAGUUCGAUAUUGGGUCAUCUGGGGUCAAAAACUAGGUAACCAGGUCAGAUCAAAGGAAAAGCUUGUUAACACUGUAGAGGCCACAUUUAUGACUGUAUCUUCAUGAAACCUGGUCAGAAUGUUAAUCUUGAUGAUCUCAAGGUCCAGUUUGAAUCUGGGUCAUGUAGGGUCAAACACUAGGUCAUCAGGUCAAAUCAAAGGAAAAGCUAGUUAACACUGUAGAGGCCACAUGUAUGACCAUAUCUUAAUGAAACUAAGUCAGAAUGGCAAUCUUGAUGAUCUAUAGUUCAUGUUCAAACUGGGUCAGGUGGGGUAAAAAACUAGGUCACUAGGUCAAAUCAAAGGAAAAGCUUGUUAACACUCUAGAGGCCACAUUUAUGACUGUAUCUUUAUGAAACUUGGUCAGAAUGUUAACCUUGAUAAUCUUUAGGUCAAGUUCGAAUCUGGGUCAUGCGGGUUCAAAAUCUAGGUCACUGGGUCAAAUCAAAGGAAAAGCUUGUUAACAGUCUAGAGGCCACAUUUAUGACUGUAUCUUCAUGAAACUUAGUCAGAAUGUUAAUCUUGAAGAUCUUUAGGUCAAGUUCGAAUCUGGGUCAUGUGGGGUAAAAAACUACAUGUAGGUCACCGGGUCAAAUCAAAGGAAAAUCUAAUUAACACUUUAGAGGCAACUUUUUUAUUGUUUUUAGCUCACCUGAACACAAAGUGCUCAAGGUGAGCUUUUGUGAUCGCCCUGUGUCCGUCGUCGGCGGUGUCGGCGUCGUCAACAAUUUGACUGUUAACGCUCUAGAGGUCAUAAUUUUGGCCCAAUCUUAAUGAAACUUGGUCAGAAUGUUACCCUCAAUAAAAUCUUGGGUGAGUUCGAUAUUGGGUCAUCUGGGAUCAAAAACUAGGUCACCAGGUCAAAUCAAAGGAAAAGCUUGUUAACACUCUAGAGGUCAUAUAUUUGGCCCAAUCUUAAUGAAACUUGGUCAGAAUGUUACCCUCAAUAAAGUCUUGGACGAGUUUGAUAUUGGGUCAUCUGGGUUCAAAAAUAGGUCACCGGGUCAAAUCAAAGGAAAAGCUUGUUAACACUGUAGAGGCCACCUGUUUGACUGUAUCUUCAUGAAACUUGGUCAGAAUGUUAAUCUUGAUGAUCUCAAGAUCCAGUUUGAAUAUGGGUCAUGUAGGAUCAAAAACUAGGUCACCAGGUCAAAUCAAAGGAAAAGCUAGUUUACACUGUAGAGGCCACAUUUAUGAUCAUAUCUUAAUGAAACUUUGUCAGAAUGUUAAGCUUGAUGAUCUAUAGGUCAAGUUUAAAUCUGGGUCAGGUGGGGUCAAAAACUAGCUCACUAGGUCAGAUCACAGGAAAAGCUUGUUAACACUCUAGAGGCCACAUUUAUGACUGUACCUUCAUGAAACUUAGUCAGUAUGUUAAUCUUGAUGAUCUUUAGGUCAAGUUCGAAUCUGGGUCAGGCGGGGUCAAAAACUAGGUCAAAUCAAAGGAAAAGCUUGUUUACACUGUAGAGGCCACAUUUAUGAAUGUAUCUUCAUGAAACUUAGUCAGAAUGUUAAUCUUGAUGAUAUUUAGGUCAAGUUCGAAUCUUGGUCAUGUGGGUCAAAAACUAGGUCACCGGGUCAAAUAAAAGGAAAAGCUAUUUAACACUGUAGAGGCCACAUUUAUGACCAUAUCUUAAUGAAACUUUGUCAGAAUGAUAAUCUUGAUGAUUUUUAAACGACGAAAGGGUCUAAAUCUAGACAUGCAAACUGUCAAAAGGAGGGGGUUGCUACCGGAGAUAAAUAUGACAUUACAUUAUAUUUUUAUAAAAGCUGAACAUUUCUUGAUGACACUCUGUAAAAUGUUUGAUAUUGGAUCAUGCUUGAAAAUAAAACUGUAAUAACUGAAA